UUGCCCGUCUGUGUGUCGGUCGAUUGCCCACCAGCUGGCCCUGGCUUGUCUGGCUCCUCCGAGGUACGCGCGCUGAAGAGUUCUGAAUCUGAAUCUAUCCGUAACCACGACCUGCUCUACUCGUCACCUUUGACUAGCCCCGAGCGACACGCGGAGGGCCGCCAGUAUCCGGCGACCACCAACCAGAGGUCCUUGUCGCGGCAAUCCAUCCAGGGGCACACUGCAAGACCUCCCCCCUCCAUCUCAAUCCGACGCCCUGUUUGGUUCGCACCAAGAGAGGAAAAAGAAGCACCGCACUAUCAACUAUCCCCUGUCAGGAGUCCUGCCUGGUUUGGGACUCCUAGAAACCUUUCUGUACGCACUACUCCGUACGGAAACCUACCUUUAAGAAGUCAAGGAUACCAAGAACGCCUGCGAGCAACCCAAUAA